AUGGAGGCCGGAGUUAGCGGCGGGGACCCGCUCCCGAGGCUCAGGCGCCCUUUGAGGCGAGGGGCAGAGCCCCGCGACCCGCUGCUGCCGCAGCCGCCUCUCGGGGGCGGUGGGUCGGCCGAAGAGUCUACAGCUGUAGAGAAGAAGAAGAAGCCUCUUACCAGACUGAAUCUUCAUUCUGCAUUCUGGAUUUUGGCAUCAAUUGCUGUGACAUACUACUUUGAUUUUUUUAAAACUGUUAAAGAAACUAUUCAAGCAGAUAGUUGGUGGUUUGCCUCUGGCAGUUGUUUAUUGGCUGCAUGUUUAUCUGUUGCCUUUUACUGCAUACUGUAUCUUGAGUGGUAUUGUGGAAUUGAGGACUACGAUGCACAGUAUCCAGCACUAAUACCUAUCACAACAGCUACCUUUAUUGCAGCAGCAAUUUGUUUCAACAUCGCCUUGUGGCCUGUCUGGUCGUUUAUGACACCUUUGUUGCUCUUUAUUCAGUUUAUGGGUGUUGUGAUGCUUGUGUCACUCCUGGGAUAAGUCCUUCAGCUUCAUGUGAAGGACUCAAGUAACUCUUAUCCUUCAAAGUGGAUGUCACUUUUGUUACAUUCCAGUACUUUUAUUAUUUCUAAUACUGCUUGUUUGCUCUAACUUAUACCGUAAUUCUUAGGCUACCUGAUUUAUAAAUCAAAUGGACAUAACCAUAGGUCAGCCAGUGGCUGGGAAAAAGCAACUGAUUAGUGAAGAAUUGAAAGAUCGAUAGGUUUUGCCUCUCUUAAUAACAUAAAGCAUUCCAUCACUGCUUUGUAAAGCUUUUAUUUAUAUUUCAAUAUUAAGCAGACGAGUAGUAAGUCAGUUAUACAGUCCUAAAUUCUAUUUGGGGACUCCAGAGGUCACCUAGUCCAACUUCCUGCUCAAAGCAGGGUGGUUGGUUUGAAAGUAAUUGAUACUUAUUAUAAGUGUUGUGGGUUUUUAAUACUAUAUUAAAUACUAUACUUUCCAUUUGAAUUGACAGCUAAAAUAUUGUUAUCUGGAAUCUGUAAAUCUGGAAUCUGGAAUACUUGUAAACUUACUCAUAGAUGACACAGGAGACAUUUCUUGAUCUAUUAAAUUGCUAAUGUUAUGUGUGUUACCAUGCAGGAAGUAUUUUACUACCUAAUAUCUUGACUUCAGACUUGCUAGUGUUUGAAAAAAGAUAGGGAUUGGGGUAAGGGCCUAGAAAGCUGGUUGAUGUUUACAUCAUUGUUAAUUUGGCAUUGCCAUUAGUGAAAUAAAUAAAUUCUACUUGUGCCGAUACAGUUUGUCCGCAGCCAAAGAUAGAUGAUCAAGCUGUGAAUAACAAUAAUACGAACAAAAUUAUUGAAUAACAAUAAUAUGAACAAUGUUAACACUACACAAAAAAAUUAAGAGCACAAAGUCAAUUCUUUUGAUGUAUGCACUAUUUUUCAGUAUUCAGGAUGUUACUCUUCUGUAAAUUAACCUUUCAUUCUCAGCAGUGCCUGUUAAUGAAGUCACCAUUUUUCUUCUGCAGCAAUAAAAACUAACUAACUUAAAUGCCAUUAGUCAUACACAGUUGGGAGAAUAAAAUAACUUUGUUCACUUUGGCUGAGAUACCUAAGUAUUUGGAAACCUGUGCACCAUUUAGUUGCUAGACCAUUUUAUAUAGAUCCUUGUGGUAAAUACUUUCAUUCCCAGACCUUUUGGAAGAUAAGAGAAUGUAGAAGCUGGGUAUUGAAACUUGUUAAAAUUUACUCCUUGUGACUGUUGCUUCGAGUCUGGACUGUUAGAGGAGACUGUGUUCUUCAUUCUGACUUUCAAAUUCACACCAUUGCUGAACAGACAAUACAUGAAAUGUUUAGUAAUGAAAAAGAUAGACUUUGUCUUAAGCUGCUACAGUUUCAUUAAGGAAAAAAGUUGCUGUCAGUAUGCAGUACAAAGGAUCAGUCAAACCAAAAUAAAAUACAUUUAGCACUACCAUUAAGUAUCUUGUAGAGUUACAGCUCAAUUUGCUUAAAUGUAGUAUUUAAGUUUUCCAAAAUCAGUUAUACUUCACAUCUUUAAAGGGGAAGUUGCUUAUCUUCAGGUCUUCAUCUUUUAACAAAUUUUAACAAUGCAUAUACAGGUACAUUUGAGUAACUUUGUUUAUUAUGAUAUUUAAAUGCACUGUUGCUCAGGGAUCGUAAUUAUCACUGUAUUUUUAUUUGUCAACUAUAUAAAUGCUCUAGGUGUUUUAAGUUGCCUUGUACUCUUGCAUUAAAAUCACUAUUUGCUACAAGUUUUUUCAG